CUGGUCUGAGGUGGCGCCGAAGAAGGCCCUACUCCUUGGCCCAGCUUCGAGCGGCCUCGACCCGAGCGUCCCAGCUGGGGCCAGCCCGGCCAAGCUUAGCRAGGGAUUUGGUCUGGCUGAGCCCGCAGCCCCGCCUCGCCUGCGGCCCGAGUGGAUGCUGAUGGCCGUGGGCUUGGGUCUGGGGGCUGCAGUGCUGGCUGGGGCGGCCGGUGUAAGCUGGAGCUUCCAGGGCUCGAGAUUGUAGCACCUGGGCCUGGUGGUGAUGGUUCUCGGGUUUAGGACUCGCUUUUAGUCUUCUAUAUAGAAAGCUGUACGUUUAAAAAGGAAGUAUGUUUGAAUAAAAGUUCAGACUAGUGAUAGGUAAUUAUGCAGAUAUAAAAAUGAAUAGGCAAAAGAGCAUCAGCUUCAGCAGCAUUUCGCUGAAGUUGCAGCCUUGGAGAAUGAACAAAAGAAAAGGACGAGGAUUUGCAUUUCGGAGAAAACAGAAGAUUGAACGACAGUACAGGAGAUUACUGAAAAAGAGAAAACACGUGCAUUCACAACAGGAUAAUCAGUUUACUGAUACCUAUCCAGAGCACUUGAAACAUCUUUACCUCGCAGAGGAAGAGAAGCUUAAGAAGCAGUGCAGGACUCCAGAUGAUUCAGCGUCAUCAGAAGAAAAGCUUAAUAAAGCAGCACAGUCAGUUGUGACUCAAGGGAAGUUUAAAAAUAAAACGUCCAAUCAGAAAGCAAAAGAAGUGUAUGAGAAAAUAAAGGCUGAGCAUGCUAGAAGGAAAGAGGAAGCAGAAAAAAGAAAACAACRAAGAGAAGAAGCUCAACGUUUGUACAAGCAAAGGAAGAUGGAAGCUUAUAAAAUACUGAGUAAGAAGACAAAGAAAGGGCAGCCAAAUCUAAAUUUACAAGUAGAAUUUCUUCUUCAGAAAAUACAGAAAAUAGAUAACAUCUGCAUACAUUGAGUUACCUGUGGACAUAUUAUUAAACUACUUUCAAUAAAUACUGUCUUUUUGCCUCUACAUUACUUUCAUUAUUGCCUUGAUUUAUCUUGUCAGUUGAGUAAUGGGAUGAAAAUAUGUAUUCUAUGCUGAGAGUGAAAGGGAUCUGGUACCUUAAAAAUAAAUGGUCUGUAUUUCUAAACUUAAAUUCUAUUAGCUGUAAAACAUCCUGAAUUCAAAAUAAUAGGCCAUAGCACCAUCUGAACGUGAAACUAAUACUCCCUGCAACUGUGACUACUCAAGUUAUACUUAUUUGGGAGGACUGAAAUGAUGCAUGUGACUUAUUUGAUAUCUCAUGAACUGAUAAUUCUAGAAGCACAUUUUGUGUGAUGUUGGGUAUCUUUGUCAGAUGGACUAGGAUAGCUAUUUUUUUAUCAUUCUCCACAAAGAAUAAAACUUGCCAUGGGUCUAAAAGUGGUUUGAAUGUAAAGAUCUUGGUAAAAUAAUUGUUGGUCCAUUCAUUAAGCUGCUUUGUAACUGGACCUACAAUGUAUGAAUUGCUCUAGUCUGGGAUUCACAGUGCAGUUCUGUUAAAAUUUAUACACAGAGUGCAGAAUAAUAAAGCAGUCCUGAAUGAAUC